AUGUCGAUCGGGGGUCGGUUCGUCAUCCUGCAUAUUCUUCUUUUCCAAUUGCUCUCCCGCCUCCUUAAAGCUCCAAAAAGGAAAAUCAAACUGCGGGGGCCGAUGGAGGCACGUUGGCACGGAAAGGCUUGGACUAAGGUACAGAGUAUAAUGACAAUGCCGCGAACUUUUGCCGUACUCCGUCGACAAAAAAAUGGCAUUUGUUACCUGGCCCUGGACUUUGCCCCGAGGCUCUGGGAACGAAUGGGCUUUUGGCUUAACGGGAGUCAAUUAUACCCCACGAUAACGAGGUUACAGCAUAGUCUAGAACUUCGCUUCCAAAAGGUGUUAGUUGUUAGCUGUGUUGCUGCCCUGUCCGACACGCAGGUCCCCAAAAAGAUCUACGGCCGAUCAGCCACAUGA